AUGGCCAAAGAGAUGCUAAACGCUAAAGCCUUUGUUGCUAAUGCUUAUGAUGAAUAUUGGGCAGCAAAAUACAGGAAAAUUAGGGAAGAUGAAGAGAAGAAAUGGAAAAGAUAUGAAGAAGAAAAAGAAGAAGAAAGAAGAAAAACUGAAGCUGAGAAAAAUAAAAGAGAAGAAGCAGUUCAAGUGAGAGUAGUCAAAGAAGUUCCAGAAUUUGAAAUCAAAGCUGAUGCUGAAGCAGUCAAAGUUCCAGAGAAGUGUUUGAAUUGUGAUUCUUUGAUCAAAGAAAUGAACAAAUACACCGAAUCGAACAAUGAAAAAGCUGUUGCAAUGAAUACACUCAAAGGAGCUUACAUGAGACAGUUUGAUGAUGUCAACUUCUACACAGAGAAGUGUGCUGAGCUGGAAUUGAAGAUUUACCCGAUCGUGGAAAGACUAAAGACGUUUGAUGAAGAGAAGACUUCAGUAGAAAAGAAGUCUGAGACAAAAGAAGAGGAUGAAGUAGAAAUUUCUGGAAAAUCCUCAGAAGCUGAGAAAGAACAAGCAUUCAGAAAGCAAACAAACCAAGAACUCCUUGCCAAGAAGCAAGAGGAAUUGAAGAAGUGUGUUGUUCAGAAGAAGAUCUAA